CUCGUGUUGUCAAAACACUUCGUUUGCUUCUUGUUCGCGCUCCGUUGGUGCAGUUUUCUUUGCCCUUUCUUCUGUUUUCUGGCGGUUCUCCAAUAUCUGGAGCAAGUCACGACGACGGCGGUUCUUAAUUAGAUGUAAUUUGAUUCUUCGCACCGAUCCACGUAAUCGUACGUCGUAGGCAGUGUGCUGAACACGAGCAAGUGAACGUAGCUGCCCUUCCUUUGCGCGCCACGAUCAUGUCCAUCGCGGGUAGGUGAAUGUAUUGGCUAGCCCGGAAUCGGUCCCUCCGUACAGUUCGGUAGCAUUCUCCUGUCGCAACCCAGAGCAAUCCAGUCUCCAAUGCACACGCGAUUGAAAGGUCCACGUGCAGUGUUCCCUCCAGCCUAGCAACCGCUCACCGUCCGUCUGGUAGGUGUGCAGGUGUGUUUUGAAAAACAGCGAUGCAAAAAUUUCCUCUGCGCCUACUAUGGCGCUACAAAGUGUUCGUGCUGAUCGGGUUUAUGAUCGUGGCCGGGCAGGUGUUUCUGGCCUACAAGCUUCUGCGCAUGCCACUGUCCGGGAACGAAUCGUCCGCGGAGCGCGAUCUGAGCCGCAAGCUGUACGACAAGUACGUGAAAAGGACGGCACCCGGUGACAACGUGCCGCUAGAGGACCGGGGGAAGGACACUGCCGACGCAGCUGGGCGUCAGGGCCGGAGUACCGCUAGGGAUGAUGGCAAACCGCACCAGAACCAGCACGUACUCCGGCUCGAUGAGCUCGACUUUGUGCCACCGUGUGAGCUCACGCGCAAGGAAACCGUUUCCGCCAUCCACCGUGCCAAGAGUCAGUCGUGCAAGGCGAAAAUUGUGGAAGUGGCGUGUGAAAUACAGGCGGGGAAGUUUUACCCCCAGCGGCUGCCAACGUUCUGCCCCCGGGGGGAUCAUUCGCCGAAUCGGGCGCUGGGAUGCUUUCGGGAUGAGAAGAACUUCCGGCUGCUGUCGGGGUACUAUUCCACCUUCAAGACGAACAACUCGCCGGAAAAGUGCAUCCGGUUGUGUCUGCAGUCGGGCUACCCGUUUGCGGGAGUUCAGUAUGGCUACGAAUGCUUCUGCGGCGAUGAGGUACCGAAAGUGUCGGCCAAAUUACCCGACUCGAGCUGCAACAUCAAGUGUCCUGGCGAUCCAAAACAGGCCUGUGGUGGAUACUUCACCAUCAAUGUGUACGAAACUGGCAUACGCAAAUUUGCCGCCCAAAGCACAGAAACUGUUCCGAAGCGUGCGGACGAAACGGUUCGCAUUGCGUUCCUGCUGACGCUAAACGGUCGUGCGGUUCGGCAGGUUCAUCGGCUACUGAAAGCACUGUACAGCCCACGGCACUACUACUACAUACAUAUCGAUGCGCGCCAGGAGUAUCUGUACCGUGAGCUGCUGAAACUGGAGCCCAAAUUCCCCAACAUACGACUCGCCCGCAAACGGUUCUCCUCGAUCUGGGGCGGCGCGUCGCUGCUCCAGAUGUUGCUCUCCUGCAUGGAGUACCUGCUGUACGAAUCCGGCUGGCAGUGGGACUUUGUGCUCAAUCUAAGCGAGAGUGAUUUCCCGCUCAAAACCGUCGACCAGCUCGUCACCUUCCUGACGGCCAACCGGGGCCAGAACUUUGUGCGCAACCAUGGCCGCGAGGUGCAGCGAUUCAUCCAGAAGCAGGGCCUCGACAUGACGUUCGUCGAGUGUGACAAUCGGAUGUGGCGCAUCGGCGAUCGGGCCCUGCCCGCCGGCAUUACCAUCGACGGUGGUAGCGAUUGGGUGUGUCUGUCGCGUGACUUUGCCCGCUACGUCACCGGGGACGGUGUGGGCCAGCGGGACGAACUGAUCCAGGGCCUUCUGCGCGUGUUCGAGUACACCAUCCUGCCGGCGGAAUCGUUCUUCCACACCGCGCUGAGGAACUCGCGCUUCUGCCACACGUACACGAACAACAAUCUGCACAUGACGAACUGGAAGCGGCAGCUGGGCUGCAAAUGCCAGUACCGCCACAUCGUCGACUGGUGCGGGUGCAGUCCGAACAAUUUCCGCUCGGAGGACUGGGAACGGCUGCAGGCCAGCCAGCACAAGAAGCUGUUCUUUGGCCGCAAGUUCGAGGCGAUGGUCAAUCAGGCGAUCGUGCUGCAGCUGGAAGAGUGGAUGUUUGGACCGUACCCGGCCGAGUAUCCGAAUCUGCACGCGUACUGGCAAAACGUGUACCAUCACGAGGACGUUGCGACGGCUGCGGACGGCGCCCUGCUAAACGUGGCGCACAGUUUGCUGCGCAUGAACGGGCGCACCAGCACGGAGCAGCUGUACGAACCGGGCCGGAUACGGGAAAUUACGCACUACUUCGAGCGGGACACGUACCGGGGCUUUCUCGUGCGGCACGAAGCAGUGCUGGGGUCCGGCUGGAGCGAACUGGAAACGUGGAUAUCGCCCGUAGUGACGGCGAAAGUGACGCGCAGCACACCGCUCGCCCGCCGCCUGAUCCAUCUCGAGGUCAGCACGGAGUACGACGAGAAGGAGCAGCUGUCGCGCAACUUUCCCCGCAUCAUCGGUACGAAUGCGGAACCGGCACUCAUCUUCCGGCUAGCGCCGCCCCUCGAAACGGAGCGGGUGAAGGGUGGAAACGCUACCAACCAUUCGCUCGCCGUCGAGUGGAUCGAUCCGGUGGGCACGAUCGUUGCCGCUAGUCACUUUACGAUCGAGGACAGCCCGACCGGACCACUGCACAGCUUCAACCACUUCCUGAAGGGGGCGGGCAAGCUCAAGUUACCCCUAGCGGAGGGUGUUUGGGGUGCCCGGCUGCUUCAGGGGAAAGCACUGCUCGGAGCGACACGAUUUCUCGUCACGGAAGCUACCGUUAGGGAGGGUAGGACGGUGGAAAAUGAGCUGCUGGAACGCCAUACCCACCGGCAGGUGUUGCCAGUGCGCCGUGGGUCAACUGCCAACACGGCCACGAGCAAAAUUCGUGCCAAGGAGCGAAAGCAACACCCGGUAGGGCAUUCCGGCGAUCGGCACGAUCGGGCCGACCACUGGCAGGAAGCGGACGAUCAGCAGCAGGUCCAUCAGCUGGACAAGCUGGUGUCACAGUUCUUCUCGAUCCGGGAAACGUGUGCGGUGGCCGGAUUGGAGCGGAAGGAAUUGGGCCGAUUCGUCGAUUGUAAAUCAACCAGCUGGAGCAGCUUGGCCGCGGAUCCAAAGAGUGAUAUCGACGUUGAAUCGGUAACGUCGAACUAGCUUAGGGUGUGGGGGAGGGGGGGGGUGGUAACAAGCGGGGUAAUAGCUCAGAGGCCCUAGAUAUAAGCAGGGAAGUGUUAGUGCCAUUUGUUUUUGUUUGUGUUGAUUGUUGACCUGUCCCUUUCCUAAAUCACCGAAACCUUCCAAGCGAACGCCACACGUACAUAUCGAAAGGGAGCGUGGUUCCCCCGCUCUCUCCGGCCGGUCCCACACAGAAAAAGGCUAACCUUUUUAAAAGCUUUUCCAAUGAAAACCAGUCAAUUGCUUUUACUAA